ACUUGAGAUUUAUUUUAACGUACUUGUUUUUCUCUCUUGAGUGUUUUAUUGAGUGUAAACAGAGUCUUGUCUCUGUGUAUUUUAGUGUUGAUGAUGGAUGAGAUGUGCUGUAAAUCAGUAGGAACUGAUCUGUCCAUGCUGGAUAUUGAUGAUUUCAUCACAGAAAUCUCUCAGCUGAAGAAAGAGGUGGCGUUACUGGAGACAAAGCUGAGGUUAAGAGGAGAUGAAGGACUGAAGAGAGAGGACUCCGAGCUCAGUCUGACUUUACUCUGUUAUACUGAGUCAAAGCCCACAGACGCUCAGGACACUACAGUGUGUGACAGUAAUCAGGGCUUACAGGAUGAGGAAUCUACUGAUCAAACCUCCACAGAGUCUCUGGAUUCUGUCUGGAACGCUGGAGAACAGCAGCAGAUCCUGCAGACCAAACUCAAGAUGUGUUCAGUCAAACUCAUGGACUGCUCGAACCUCAUGAUGGAGAUAAAAAAAACUGAACCCACAGAAAUAAAAACUGAAACCACAGCAGAUGAAUAUGAAGACAAUCACAAUGAUGCUUAUGAUUUUAUUCUGACAGAUGUGAAGAGUGAAUUAUGUUUGGAUGGAGAAAUAACGUCUUCGACUCUUUCCUGCUUCACCGGUGGAGAGACAUUGAGCUCACAGAGACAUUUAGAGAUACCACACACAGAACAGAAACUCUUCACCCUCACCAGAUCUGAGAGCAGCUUUAAUACCUUACAAGAGAAGAAACUUCAUUCAGAAGAACACAGAGAGAAGAAGAAGAGGCAGUUUGAUUGUCAGCAUUGUGGGAUUGUUUGUGUCUCUUUAUCUAGUCUGAUGAUUCACAUGAGGACACACAGUGGUGAAAAGCCUUUCCACUGCACUGAAUGUGGCAAAUAUUUCAGCAGAAAACAAACUCUUCGUGUUCAUAAGAGAAUUCACACAGGAGUAAAACCAUACAAGUGUCCUCAGUGUGAGAUGAGAUUCAACCAAAAAGCCCAUCUGAAGAAACAUGUGCUUUUACACACCAAUGAGAGACCGUAUCAGUGCAGUGAAUGUGACAAAGCCUUUAGGGAUUCAUGGUCAUUAAAAUUACACCAGAAUAUUCACUCUGAAGUGAAACUCUAUCAGUGUUCACACUGUAAUAAACGUUUUAGUCAUAAAUCUAAUCUGGUAGUCCAUGAGAGAAUUCACACUGGAGAGAAACCGUAUCACUGUAGUGUUUGUGGGAAGAGUUUUAAUGAAAGUGAAAGUUUAGUGAAACACCUGAGAACUCAUACAGGUGAAAGACCUUACAAAUGCUCUCAUUGUGAGAAGACGUUUACUCAGUCAUCUUCCUUAAAAGCCCAUCAGAGGAGGCUUCAUACAGAAGAAAAAUCUCAUCAUUGAGUGUUUUGUGGGAGGAGUUUUGGGCAGCGUAAACAUUUAAUGAAUCACCAGAGAAUUCAUGCAGGUGAAAAAACCUUACAAAUGCUCUCAGAGUAAGAAGACGUUUGCUUAUUCAACUUUCUUAAAAACCCAUCUGAGACGUCCUACAGGAGAGAAACCUCAUCACUGCUCGAUCUCUGGAAAGGGCUUCACUAAUCCAUCUAAAUUUAUUGUCAAUGAGAGAGUUCAUACUGGAGAGAAACCUUACGUCUGCUCAAUCUCUGGAGAGAGAUUCACUUUUUCUAGAAGUCUUCAGCAUCAUCAGAAGAAACAUACUGAAGAACAAACUACACUGAAAUCAUCAUUGGGACAGUUUCCCAGAUAGGGACAAGACUAGUCCUAGACUUAAAAUAAAUGUAAGAGCUGUCCAAACUGAGAAAACAACUUGCAAUGACAUAUCAUUAAAAUACAUCAGUUCUCUUUGGCUGGCCUCAAAAUGCACACAAGUAAUAUUUUUAGUAAGGCAUUUUUGUUAAAACUAGUUAUAUUUCCUAAUUAAACUAAGGCCUAGUCCUGUCUUAAGAUAAUCCCUGUCCGGGAAACUACCCCAUUGUGCCUUAAAGUAUUUACACACAAGUUGUGUUUCUGGUUUCAUGUGUUAUAGUAGUGAUCAAUCUAAAGUUUUUUUUUAGUGCUGUAACACAUUUUGAAUUUUGCCGAGUUUUUCAGUAUAAAAGUAAAUCAGGUUUAAAUGAUAGGAGUUCACACUUGUUACUUUUCUUCUGGUGCUAAUACUUUUGCUUUAUUGAGAAUUUGUAUUAUGCUCAUUAAAUUGUAAUAAAAUGUUCA